CAACGUCCUUGCUCUCAAGGUGCACGGCGCUUUCCAUUUGUUUGUGCACUCAGAAAUGACGAUGAAGGCCCCUUCGACUCUACUUCUACGAGCUAUGCUCCGCCCGCAACAGCCCCUAUGUCAAGUCAGAUGGAAGUCUGAAUGGAUGCCCCGAGAGAAGUACGCGAAAAUUACAACCCUGGACAAGCUACACCGAAGACAAAAAGCAGCCGUCCGGAGAGAGAGGCAGGACAGCGAAGAUCGCGCUGCGAACAUGUAUCCGGCCUCAACUCCUCCAGCGACACUCUCACAGACGUCGCAGCAACAAACACAACACCAAUCACCUCCUCAGCAGCCUUCUUUUCUCAAGAGCCAAACUCAGGACCAUAAUCUAACACCUACCCUUUCCCCGCUUCCGUACUUGAUCGCGCGCACUCCUUCGCAAAACCUCCCGAUCUACCAGACCACCAAGGCCGGCGGCUCCAAACACAUCACGACAAUUCGCAAGAUCAAGGGUGAUCUCCAAGAGCUGGCCACUGCUGUGCGCACCGCCUUGGGACUUGAGGAAUACAUGACCGACGUGCGAGGGCGGAAGAAGGCCAAUGUCGUGAUCAACUGGACGACAAGACACGUGGUUGUGAGGGGCUGGAGAGGCCCAGAGAUCAAGCGGUGGGCGGAAGUGAGUGGAUUUUGACAAAAUGUAGGAAGAAAGCAAAAAAUGAUGAGGACAACCGGGCAGACCUGGGCAUAUGAGCGGCAUGGACAUCAUACGGUCACGACGCGGUGAUGUUGAUGCGACAGAGAGUUUCGUCUGACUGGCCUCCCUUGCUCUCUCUGUGCCUCUCAGAUCAGAUUCGAUGACAUUCAGAGCCACGUUAUAGUACGGAGAGCUUUAUUAAGCACAGAGGGUGGUUAGGUUCAGAUCUGCGGGAACAAGAUUCCUGUUGGGCUAUUUGCUGUGUGGAGGGAUGCAAAAAGAGACAGACCCAGUCUUGAGAUACAUCAAUAUUCCAAGAGUGAGGCAGAAAUCCCCAACACGCACGCAUGUAUUUUUAACAACGUCGCUUUCUGGUCCUCUCUGUCCACAAUUGUGAAUUGAUGCCCUAAGCAUUGAGCCGCAAGAUCAAUAGAAGCGCAUCUCAAAAGACUAAGCUCUUCCCUCG